UUCUUGCCAUACACGUGUAACUACCACACACCGCACGAACCAGGUACUGCUACUUAUCGCGAGCUGGAGAAAACUGGUCGACAAUGGAAAGGAAAGGACGUGUGAUGGCGACGAUCAACCCACCGCCACAAACAAAAGCAAAUCGGCCGAAAUGAGCGCUUCCUUCCCACAAUCUGACUCCAAAACAUCAUUGCUAAAAACGUCCUCGAGUAGAUCCACGCACGUCCACGAACGCACGACUGAGAGUCGGAGAAGUCACCAUCAGCAUCACCAUCACCGUCCCGCAGCCUCCGCAGCUGCCGCGCUCCAAAGCAAUGGAACCGCCGAGGACGCUUACUUGUCUGCGGGGAGCGACGUCAGCGCCCGGAGACCGUUGUGCCACCCUACGCUCACCGGCAGCCGGGACAGAGGUGAAUCCACACGGGUCAAGUGUCGACCCCACGCAUCUGACAGCCACCUUCCGGAUCCACCUGAACCGCUCGGUGAGGCCGGUCACGGCGUGAGAGAACGCGGCGCACACAGACACCACCGCCGCAGGAAGCACAACCGGGAGGAGCGACAACCCGCAGCCGGACCGCCCGAACCAGAGCCACCGCCAGAGUCGGAGCAUCGCCGUCGUUACCGAGCACGUCCUCUCCCGAGGAUGCCCCCUCUCUCGGACAACCAUGACGAUAGGACUCCCCUGUGCGAACCGAGGGACCAGAAGAGGGCCAGUUUGACCAAAAGCGGCGGUCGGGCCAGUAGGUCCCCGCCGUCUGCCAGCUCGCCGGUGCCGCUGUCUAGCACUUCCUCUCGCCGCUCCCGGAGGUCCAGCGCUGCUUCUUUUGCAUCGGAUGUCAACCUUCGUGCUGUCCUCAAUUCACUCUUUGGCCAGGACAGAGAGCUACGUCCAGAGGAAAUGGAUGAGUUGCGGGAUGCAUUUAAAGAGUUUGACAAGGACAAAGACGGUUUUAUCAGCUGUAAAGACCUUGGAAACUGCAUGAGAACUAUGGGAUACAUGCCCACUGAAAUGGAGCUGAUUGAAUUGAGCCAGCAGAUAAAUAUGAACCUGGGCGGUCAUGUUGAUUUUGAGGAUUUUGUAGAGUUGAUGGGUCCAAAACUCCUUGCCGAAACAGCAGACAUGAUUGGAGUAAAAGAAUUAAAAGAUGCCUUCAGAGAGUUUGACACAAAUGGAGAUGGUGCCAUAAGUACGUCUGAACUUCGAGAUGCAAUGCGGAAGCUUCUGGGCCAUCAGGUGGGUUUGAAUGAAGUGGAGGAUAUUCUGCGGGAGGUUGAUUUGAAUGGUGAUGGGCUUGUUGACUUUGAAGAGUUUGUACGAAUGAUGUCUCGUUGAGCUCAUAGAAUGAUCACUCUUGAAUGUGGAACCUCACUCCUCAAGGACACGUGAAGAUUUCUGAGCCAUUCAAAUUGUGACCGACACUGGAAUUUCAACUACUUGAAUGUUCUGGAGUGAAGAGUCACCUCAAACGUUCAAUCAAUAAGUGUUCUUCCUGAGUGUCUCUCGUCCAACUGAGGCAGAACUUGCUGUAGCCUAUCUGAUGAUUGUACAUUUGUUUUUGCACUUUAACUCUCACUUAAUAUUGUCCUAAUGUCCUGUGUCAUCUAUUGAUGGUGUUUCGUCUCAUCAUGUACGUGGCGAGUGGCAAUGUUAUCAAAUGUCUUACAAAAUGCUGGUUUAUACUAUGUUAUACAAAGUCGGGAAAUGAGAUCAACUGUAGAUAAAAUAGCGUGCACUGUUAAAUGUUCACACUUGAUGUGUAGACCAUUGUAAUGAAAAAUGUAUAUUUAGGAAGUCCUGUCUGUGACAUUGGUGCCCCACUAGGGAGCCCUUGUAGCAAUAUUACAUCUGUGUCAGACCUGUGUGUGACCAGCUGUCAUUUGUCUCUGUGCCAGUCAAGUGCUAUAAAAGCAUCACUGAGACAGCCACAUGAAAUGUACGGAAACAGAACUGUGAACUUCAUGAAUGUUAUUGCUGCAAUCAGACCACAAGCAGUCAAUAUAACAUAUCUUGUUUUGUUUUGGUUGAUUUCCCGUUAAAAUUGAAAUCUAGACAUGCAAAGUUCUAGCUGACUCCAUCCUGUUGUGGUUUUCAGAUGUGCCACAGUGAAUUCAGAGCAGUUUCACGUCAUGCAUAAUUUUCAUGCUCACAGACUCAAAGUCCCCGAGUUGUCAGUCUAGCUUUGGUACCACAUAAUGUUGGUAUAACGUGUGAGCAGUAUCUAGUGAAUGUCACUGUCAAUAUGAUUGUAGUUAUGGUAAAGUCUUUCAAAUCUGUGUUAUUGAAGCAAAUCCUAUGCAUGCCAAAGAGAUGAGUCCAUUCAGUAUGCACAUUUGGAUUUUGGUCUCACUGAAUCCAUAGAAACAUUUUGCCAAGUGGGGUGUUCAAAAUAAAUGUCAUUACA